AUGGAAGAAGCCUAUUUUUUCAUGCUUUCAUUUCUUGUUUUGCCUUUUCUGUAUUUGAUUUACAAUAGUUUCAAAUCAUACAAUCCACCACUUCCUCCAGGGCCAAUUCCAUGGCCAGUUUUAGGCAACUUUUAUUCCAUAAAUACAAUGGAUCAUGUCAGUUUAGCAAAUCUUGCAACAAAGCAUGGCCCUCUGAUGUUGCUUAGAGAAGGACUGCAGUAUCUGGUUAUUGGAUCAUCAUCAACUGCUGCUAUAGAAAUCCUCAAGACGAAGGACCGAGUAUUUUCUGCGCGAGCGGUUCCGAAUUCUGUGCCGUUGACGAGGUCAGAGAUCGACCAGUUAUCGUUCUGGGCGGAUGCGUCGUGCGAGAACUUAAAAAAUAUACGAAAAAUGUGUCGAGCCGAGCUUUUUUCUAGUAAAGCAUUGGAGUCACAAGAACUUUUGAGGGAGAAGAAAAUAACGGAGAUGGUGGAGCUUUUGAGGACAAAGGAUGGUUUGGUGGUGAAUCUGGAGAAAUGUGUUUAUGCAACUGUUUUUAACAUGUUCGCUAAUGCUUUCUUUUCAAGAGAUUUGGUUAGGCUGGAGGAAGAGGGUUCGGAUAAUCCUGUGAAAGGUCUUCUAAGAGGGAUUAUUGGAGCAAUCGGAGCUCCAAAUUUGUCGGAUGCUUAUCCAUUUCUGAGCAAGUUGGAUCUUCAAGGUGUGAGAAAGAAACAUAGAGAACUGUCGAUGAGGGUUCAUGCCCUGUGGGAGCCUAUUGUUAAAGAAAGGAGAAAAAGAACACGGGGCGGUUUGAGCCAUCAAGAUUUCUUGGAUACACUUCUCGAUAAAGGUUUCACCGAUUAUCAAAUCAACAAAUUACUCGAGGAGUUGGUUUCAGCUGGCAUAGAUACUACUACCUCAACAAUCAACAGGACAAUUGUAGAACUUAUAAACAAUCCAGAAUCCAUGAAGAAACUUCAAGAAGAGCUUGAUACGGAAUUCAAUCAAGGAAGGAGAAUCUGCCCCGGUCUACCCAUGGGUACCAAAAUUGUUCCAGCGGUUAUUGCUUCGUUGGUUUAUUUUCUCGAUUGGUCUCUUCCACACGGAAAUGAUCCUGCCAUAUACCAGAAGCUUCGAGCAACUUCACAUCUGGUAGAACCUCUGCUCCUUAUCCCCAAAUCUAGAAAAGAAUGA